UGCGCGUCCCCGAGCCGCACGCGCGCGCACGCCUCCCGCCUUCCUUCCCGGGGCCCCGCGCGCGCACAGCCGCUCACCCCGCCGCCGCCGCCGCCCCGCAGAAAGCCAGCGGCGCCAUGUCUUCGCCUCCAGAAGGGAAGCUGGAGACCAAAGCUGGACACCCGCCCGCCGUGAAAGCUGGUGGAAUGCGGAUCGUGCAGAAACACCCACACACGGGAGAUGGGAAGGAAGAGAAAGACAAAGAUGAGCAAGAAUGGGAAAGCACCAGCCCGCCUAAACCAACAGUGUUCAUCUCUGGAGUCAUUGCCCGGGGUGACAAAGACUUUCCCCCAGCGGCUGCACAGGUGGCCCACCAGAAGCCACAUGCCUCCAUGGACAAACACGUUUCUCCAAGAACACAGCAUAUCCAACAGCCUCGCAAGUGACCUGUGCCCAGACCCCGGCGCCCAGACCCCAGCACCCUCUGCAGCAGCAGCAGCAGCACCCAGGCCCGCCUCCCACGAUUCUCCCCUGACCAAAAAAGAACUUGCACUUUCCAAGCAGUUUACUAAGUUCAGAAACCUAAGACAAAGCAAAGUGAACCCCCUAAGCAAAGUGGACCCCCAUUGUCUCGGAUCCCCGUAUUUAAAACUAGAAGAGGCUCAAACCCCAAACUUUGUUUCUAAGAGUCCUAGUCGUGUCACUGAAGGGUCAUUGUAGCCACCAGAAGUGCCAUUAGCAGAACUUGACAAGUCCUGAGGAAGCCCCUCACGCAGUCCUUUGAAGUCCUUACUCUUGGUCCUAAAAGGAAGAAGCCACUAUGGGGAGAUUUGAUAAAGUUAGGAAAACAAAACAAAACACUAUGAUAGAUACGGCUUUCAUCAAUUGUGCGUACUUCCUGCCCUCGGACACGCUGGACUGCCCUCAGUUCAUGGCUACAGAAUUCCCGCUUUUCUGAAAAGUCAGAGGGCUCCUUUAGCCAGAUGGAGAACCUUCUAGAGUGCUGCUCAUGGAGAGUGCCUCAGAGGGGUCAGCUGCGGGUCACGGCAGCGGCGGCUCUGUGUGUAGCAUCUGCACCACCAGCUGUUCAGGAACGAUUCACCAGGCCUGAGCCAUUUCACUGAAGGAGGGACAGGCUCCUUGAAUAUUAUACGCCAUUUGGUGCCCCGGCAGUGGACUUAACAGGAAGCAGGCCCUAAACCUCAAGACCCUGUUUGGUCGGUCUCUUCCUUCUUAAUUACUGAAAUGGUGGGGACCAAGGGUCACGUUAGCGACCCAGGCUUGGCCUCAGCACUGCCAUGGAACCCACUGCCUUGCUCUGUCGUGUGGAACCAAAUGUAGGAAGGGACCUGAGAGCAGGCAACACCAGCUCCCCCUGUGCAGACCUUCUCACCUUCUGUUGCAGAGAUCCUGAAGCAUCCACAAUCCCUUUUAGUUCAGCACCCUGGGGGGCAGCCUCGUGUUCCAUGUACUCUGAGCUGGCUCUGGUGUGCGUCUGUGGGCUCUAGGUCACUGGAUGUGACAUGUUCCCCUAAAUGAAUUUCUUAAUCAUUGACAUUGAGAAUAUGUUGAUUAUAAUAAAGCUCCUGCAUUCUG